GACUGUGCUCCUUCCCACCCCCUUAUUCUCUUUGCAAACAGGUACAGUGUUAACAGCUGAAGAGUAAAUACACAGCAUGAUAUAAGUAUUUAAAAUUGCUGCUGCUAUAUCACUGUAGCCUAAACCAAAUAAGAAAAAUGACAAACGAGUCUCUUCAUAUCAGCAUAGACAAGUGGAUUAAGGAGAAUGAGGAUUCUUUCUUACCACCUGUCUGCAACAAAUUAAUGUUCUUCUAUCAGCUAAAUAUCAUGUAUGUUGGAGGUCCAAACAUAAGGAAGGAUUACCACAUAGAAGAGGGUGAAGAGCUGUUUUACCAGAUCCGGGGUGACAUGGUCUUAAAAGUGAUUGAGAAUGGCAACCACAAAGAUGUCCACAUCCGAGAAGGAGAGAUGUUUUUGCUGCCAGCACGAAUCCCUCACUCUCCUCAGAGGCAGGCCAACACAGUGGGACUAGUGGUGGAGAGGAGACGACUUCGCUCUGAGACAGACUGUCUCCGGUACUAUGUGGAUAACAGUACUGACAUCCUGUUUGAGCGCUGGUUUUACUGUGAGAACCUGGGCACUCAGCUAGUUCCAGUCAUUCAGGAAUUUAUGGCAUCGAAGCAGCAUAAGACUGGAAAGCCUGACCCAGCUGAUCCAAUCAAGAAACCACCUUUCCCUCUCAACACAAUGAAUGUGAUGACUCCAUUCUGCUUCAAAGACUGGGUGGGGAAGCACAAGCCUGCACUGGUCAGUGGACAACCUCUGAACAUGUUUGGAACUCAGUUUGAGACUGAGGUUAUGUUGUAUGGUCCUGGAGAAUCAGAGACAACUAAAAGACCUACUGAUGGAUGGAUCUGGCAGCUAGAGGGCUCUUCAAGCGUCUCAAUGAAUGGCCAACACUACAAUCUCUCUCAAGGGGACUGUCUUUUGGUACUUGAAUCAACAGAGUAUAACUGGAAGAGGGCUGAGAAUUGUGUUGCCUUGUAUGUUGUUCAAAAUCCAGAAAGGAAAAGGCCUUUCUAAGUAGUGGCAGAAAAAUGUUUGUCUGUGAUCGGAUUUAACGUUAAGACCUGCUAUAAAGACUGUGCUCUUUAGCAGUAUAAACAGUAGAUGACUGUGCAGUUACAUUUCAGGAAAAAUAUAUUGCAUUUUAUUUUAUGGUGUCAUGAAUGAUGAGUACUAGAUUUUAUUUUUAAAAUCAAACUAUUUCAGUAAUGUUACACUGAUAAAAUAUAAAACAUAA